CAUAAGUGCCGUGUUCGUGUUGUGCCGGCAGGUAAAUCCUAAAUAAAGAGCCGUUGAUUUACCGACUUCGCAGGAACAAGAUUCAAUGCGACCCUAAAUACCCAUGUGAAAAGUAAGGGAUGUUGGUCUAGUUCGCGAUAGGAAUGGAUAAGCGGCCACGCUCAGCAGGUCGGUGGAUGAAGAAGACAGCAUGACUCGCCACGUACUGGCUGUGAGCUCGAUGCUAUUAUAUACCACGACCACCUCCUCCUUCGAACAUUAACAUUACUAUGGAACAUAAGUAUAUGGACAACUUACUUCCGUCGAAGGGCAAGGGACCGCGGCUGCUGAUUCACGUAUAAUAAAUCUUUCCAGGAGUUUGUAAGAAGUGUGCCAGUGCCUGUGCCACCAGCACCAGCUUGGCGAACCAUGGAAGGCCUGAGCGACUACAUCCGAAACUUUGCCGAACGGCUCCGGUGUCGCUUGAAGGAACAGAGCAAUGAGGUCACCGUAUCCUAUGUAAAAACAUCCCCACACCAGGGUCAAGAUGGGAAAUCUGCUAGACAAAUCAACCAGCUUCUGUUGUUUCGCAUGACAAAUUUGGCCCCGUAGUGUAAUCCUGUUUAGCUAGCUCCAGCAGCAUCACAGAUCUAGCAUAUCGUGCUGAUUUGAGCUGCAACACAAACUCCAAAACACGACGGAGAAAUGCUUCGCAUGGGGCUCCGCAUGAGAAAUAUUUUUGGCAUGCAGAUUUGCGUGACAAGUCUGGGGUGGGGAUGUUUUUACUCGGAAUACACCGAAUUGGAGGUCUAUGCAAGAAAAAAACUGUGUAAGUGUAAAUUUGUGUUGCAGAACAUGCAAAAGGGUUACACCUGUCAUGCCAGAUAGCCAUGAAGUCCUUUUUUCAUGUGUGUUUUCCCUUACAAGUCACGCAUGACAGGUUUUCUCUGUCAUGUAGAGCAAAUUUGUGAUGCUGUUUCUCAAAGAAAGUUACACUUACACACUUUUUUUCCUGGAUAAGGUCGCGCAGGCCUGCUUUUUCUUCGUACGCGGGCUGCACGCAAGUCUUGCGAGCACAGCGACCGAAUCCCACCGCCCAGCAGUACGUGGUCAGCCAGAAGCAGAACAGGGCCUAGCAUCCGGGGCUGGAGGGGAUGGAAGCGGAACUAGCGAUGAAAACUCCAUGCUGAUGGAGUUGGAGCCUGUAAAUCUUGCUGAUGGUUCGCUGACAGUCCAACAAAUGCAACGCGUCAAGGCGCGGAUAAGACAUGUGUUCGACGGGUUCUACGAUUUCGAGCGCAACAGGCUGCUGCGCGAAAAGGAGAAGGGGAAAGAAGUGGUUGGUUCCUCUACCCCGGACGCCGAAGACGCUUCGAGCUGCUGUUCAUCUUCUAGGAGCAGCGAUAUGCUGACAUCAGAAGAGGAUGAUGUCGAGAGCGACGCUGGUGUUCAGGCUGCUGCUCUUUUGGAGGUCGCGGACGCCGGCCACUCCCCUCGGCGAGAAGUCCAAGUCUGGCCUUCUCUUUUGAAGGACGAGUCGAGGAGACAGAGUAGCAAACAGGGCCCGCCCUCUGCGGAGAACUACGGAGAGCGAGACCAAGAGGAAGCACGAAACAGCAAGGGAGACUGUAGUUGGAGCUGCGCAACUUUGGAUGGUGCGAAGCGUCUGGCGAAGAAAAUGGACGCAACGUCGCAACGGGAGCAGGACAGCAGGCUCUUCUCCGGUCCUACAACUAGCGGUACAACUACGACGAGGGGCAAACAGCAAAAGCACGACCACGCAGACGACGGCCUGCAGAGAUUGACGCUGGACCAGUUCCUGUUUGUGUUGCGGCGGUUGGAACGGCUUUUCUGUGCCGGGCGGGAAGUCUUGCGAAGCAUUGCAGCGGAAGACGUGCACGAAGCGAUCCGGCGGGAUCUGGUCACCAGUGGCAAAAUUUUCCGUAGUACUCGAGGAAUCGUGUCCAAAAAUGGCAGCCACUUCCUGAACCUGCACGAGCCCAUUGGCAGGCCUUCCAGAUGCGCCGUGUUCGUGCUAGGCCAAGAAGUGGAGCUCGAGUGUGUCCAAAAGGUUGACCACCACUUUUUGCGCUGGCGCUAUCCACGAGAAAAUGUUCUCUACUAGAGAAUCUCCAGAAAAAACGCUAGAUGAGAACUGGGGGAGUUUUUGGUGCAGGCAUGUGAAUGAUAACAGUCUGAUGUACAACGGAAAAGACAGUAUCGUUAAGUAGAUUUUUUUACCUAGACUGUUGUUCUCCGCAACGGUCUAUGCUUGGGACGAUGAACACGAAGAGCAAGAGUUGUAUUAAUUUUGUCAUGCGCCCUUAAUCUGAGUCGCCUCGUGGUUGGCGUCUAAGUACACGCUUUUUUUUUAUGCGGCGCUCCUCGCAGCUACAUCAGGCUUCCACUAGUCGCGUUGAACGUGGACGUUCGGAGGCAAAGCUUAUGCAGCGAUUGCACCGGCACCCCAGGCAAAUCCUCUUGGUGAUGCGUUUUGUGGACAUUUUCACGGAGGAUAAGAGCUAUUCCCUACCAGAUCCUGGCGCCGGGAUGGGCGGUUCUAGGUCACGGGAUGAAGACUUUGUUACUGGUGAUGCUAUCUACUGGCACAAAGACUUUCCGUACAAAAAGGCGUAGCGGUGCGACACUAGAAAAACGGAGCUGCAGUUUGUUUGUCAGGGGGUCUGCGACAGAAAAGGCAUGAGCCGUAUUGCCACGGAAAACUGAGCGGGACAGUCCGCAGCACUCUCGCGUUGGCUGAUGUCUUCUGUGAAGGCACGCUGCCGAUGAAACCCCAGUAUCUAUAUCUGCACGGUCGCAUACAGCCGUACCAAGUACUAAGAUCGCUUGAUGUGGUCAUUAUGUUUUCUCAUCUUCUAGUACGGAUGGCCAUGCUUCAACUCGAUGCUUCUAGUAGCAAGCACUCUCGCGGCCCUGAUGCCAGAAGAAGAACCGCAAGAAUUACGCACAAAUGACGGAGUGCCAUCCUCGAAGUGGCUCCAUUUGCAAUCCGAGUGCUGGCUGAUACGCUAUGUUUGGUUUUCGUUUUGAGCCUUAUUUUGGAAGGGAGGAGAUAAACAGAAAAAAAAAAUGGCUUCAGCCUUAGUGCACAGCUAUGUACGGAGACAAAUGCUGAGUGGACUGGGAUCUUCUCUCCGUCAAUCAGAACGUGUCGCGGCGACACAUUGAUGGAGGUCUCGAUGAUAUAAAUCACAUUUACGUAUGGCCUUGUUGUUGCUGGCGGGUCCGCGCGCUUU